AUGGCCCGCCGCCGUUCCAAACGCCGUACUCAUGUCGCGGAUCCGACACGACAGAAUCCAACCGCCUCGUCGAUGGUGACAUCAAAGACGCCUUUAUCCAGCACUGCUUCCAGAACUCCAAAAACAAUGAUUAUACGUACUGGAUCUUCUCCUGUCGGACCUUCAGUUUCCACUCUCGUUCAUGACCUGCGUCGCGUGAUGGAGCCAUAUACUGCCUCCCGUCUUCGUGAACGAAAAUCGAACAAAGUCAAAGACUUUACAACCAUGGCUGGUCCUUUGGGUGUCACACAAAUCCUUAUGUUCAGUCGCUCAGAAAACGGGAACGUAACAUUAAGGAUUUUAAGGACACCGAGAGGCCCUACAUUGCAUUUUAGGGUUGAGAACUAUAGUCUGUGUAAGGAUGUAGCAAAGGGACAAAGGCAUGGUGGCGCCAAAAGUACUGGAAAGGAAUAUUUGAGUCCUCCUUUGCUAGUAAUGAGCAACCUCGUUACACCUACAACGGGCAAACCCGCCAACCAUGAAAUUCUCACCCAAUCAAUGUUCCAAUCCAUGCUCCCGCCGAUAUCCGCGCAGACCAUUUCUCUAAAAUCUGUCAAGAGAGUGUUGCUGCUUAAUCGCGAGUUACCGGAUUUAAAGGAUAUAGAGAACUUAAAGGAAGAUGAAGAGUAUAUUGUGGAUUUGAGGCAUUACUCAAUAACUACACGGCCGACUGGAGUUCCGAGGGCCAUCAGGAAGUUGAACAGAGCUACACAGCCCGCGAAAGGUGUUAGAGGGGCUAUACCUGAUCUAGGUGGUCUUGCGGAUAUCUCAGAGUAUCUAUUGGACCCUAGUGCGGCUGGUGGUGGCUAUACGAGUGAAAGCGAAGUUGACACAGACGCCGAAGUGGAAGUUGCGGUCCCUGGGAUACAGAAAGCAGGCCGGGUCAAGAAAGUGAGCGAAGAUGGAGGCGGGGCAGAGAAGAAGGCCGUGAAACUACAAGAAUUAGGACCAAGGAUGAGGUUAAAACUUGUUAAGAUUGAGGAGGGAGUAAACGAUGGGAGGAUUCUAUGGCACUCUUUUGUUAAGAAGACUCGAGAAGAAGAGAGGCAGUUAGACAAGAAGGCAAAGGACAAGGAGAAGGUUAGAGCAGAACGCAAACGGGUACAGGAAGAGAACGUCAAGAGAAAGAAGGGUAACGAUAAAAAGGAGGGAGAAGAAGACGAUGAACUCGAAAAAGAGACUGGAUGGAGCGGAGACGAGGAUAUAUGGAGUGAUGAGGAGAUGCAAGAAGAUAGCGAAGAAGACCAAGAUGAAGAUGAAGAUAUGGAGGACCAGUAG